CCCAGCAGAGGUGGUGUUCCUCCGCAUAGGAUAGGCCAGAACCCAAAUCCACAGCCAUGGCGCUCCUCCUGUCCCCCACCGUCUCCUUCCUCGCCCCCUCCUCCUCCUCCGCUCCUCGUGCCCGAGCUCUCUCCAGCUCCGCCGCCAACAAUAAUGUCGUCCCUUACCUCGCCUCGAGACUUCAGUGCAAGACCGGCGCCUCAGUUAGCCAUGUUUCUCUUGCCAAGAAAAUGCCCGUAGUUGUCCACGCCUCUGCAGAGGCUGGUGCAACUGAUGCCGCGGAGCAACCAGAGAAGCCAAAACCAGCGGCUUCUAUCGAGGACAUGCCGCUCGAGUCCAAGCAGCAGAUGAUCCUGGAGCAGAGGGCACGGAUGAAGGUGGCCAAGAAGCUGAGGCAGAGGCGCAAGCGGCUCGUCCAGAAGAGGCGGCUGAGGAAGAAGGGCAGGUGGCCACCGUCCAAGAUGAAGAAGCUCAAGAAUGUCUGACCGGCACAUGAUGUUAAACGGCUGGUCUUUAAACCUCCGUGUUGCGUUCCUCUAAUGCAUUGGUGUCUGUUUGGUUUGUACAAUUUUUCUGUUCUGAAACACAUAAUCGGUUAUAGUGCAGUUAACUAUAUUACCAUAAUGAAAUGAAACCUUUUUGCGUGUCCA